AUGGUGAACAGAGGUGGGAGGAGGAGCAGGGUGAAAAGCUGUUGUUGUGACCUGUGGGAGCAGGAUCAGGAUCAGGCGGUGACAGAGGCAGGUCCAGCCGCGCCCGGUGUGAAGGCUCCGGGAGCACAGCUGCAGCGCGUGUCGCUAAUGACCGCGCACCGUGCGCACGUGCACACGCUCCCCUGGGACCCCGGGACCCCCAGCCUCUGUCCUCAAUCCCACAGCUGCUCUUCACACUGCAGAGGUGAAGAGGAUCUCACCUGUCUGUGUCGCAGCAGCAACAGCAGCAGGAGGACUUCAGCUUACACCAGCACCAUGGAGGCCCUGUUCCAGUUCCUGUUCUCUCCUCUGCCGACUUCUGCCAUCAUCUCUCUGUUCGCUGUGGCGGCUGCGACACUGUUUUAUCUCAACUCCAGACCCAGCCCACUGCACUCCCCAGUGGACCUCAAAUGUCAGACUGUUGGUGUCAAAGAUGGAGCUCGUAAGAGUGCUCUGCUGGAGAACAACAACCUCAUGUCAUGUUACUAUGAAGACGCAAAGACUAUCUAUGAGGUCUUCCAAAGGGGUCUGAGAGUUUCAGGCAAUGGUCCUUGCUUGGGCUACCGCAAACCAGGGCAGCCCUAUCAAUGGUUGAAGUAUCAGCAGGUGUCGGACCGGGCAGAGCACCUUGGGUCUGGGCUGCUUCACAAAGGCCUGAAGCCAGGACCAAACACUUUCAUUGGAAUCUUUGCCCAAAACCGCCCAGAGUGGAUUAUUGGUGAGAUCUCCUGCUACACUUACUCCAUGGUGGCUGUUCCCCUCUACGACACUUUGGGUCCUGAAGCGCUCGUCUUCAUCAUCGACAGAGCUGAGAUCUCUACAGUGCUCUGUGACAAUCCGACUAAAGUCCAGACGCUGCUGCAGAAUGUGGAGAAAGGCCAGACCCCGGUGCUGAAAACCAUCGUGGUCAUGGAUCCCGUGGCCCCAGAGCUGGUGGAGCGCGGGCAGAAGUGCGGCGUGGAGGUGGUGUCCCUGCAGGAGGUUGAGACUCUGGGCAAAGACAACCUUCAAAAGCCAAUGCCUCCAAAACCAGAGGAUCUCAGUAUUGUGUGUUUUACCAGUGGCACAACAGGAGAUCCAAAGGGAGCGAUGCUCACUCAUGAGAAUGUGGUCUCUGACGCAGCAGGAGCAUUAAAAACCUUUGAGUCUUCUGUAGCUCUGACCCCAAAUGACAUCACCAUUUCGUUCCUGCCUUUGGCGCACAUGUUUGAGCGGGUUGUGCAGCUGGUGGCGUACGGCGUGGGAGCCAGAGUGGGCUUCUUCCAGGGCGACAUCAGACUUUUGCCUGACGACAUGAAGACGUUGAAGCCCACAGUGUUCCCUGUGGUUCCCCGGCUUCUCAACAGAGUUUUUGACAAGGUUCAGAGCGGGGCCAAAACUCCCUUUAAGAAAUGGCUUUUGAAUUUUGCAGUGGAGAGGAAAUACUCUGAGGUGAAAGAUGGUAUUGUCAGAAAGAACAGCAUUUGGGACAAGAUUAUAUUUAACAAAGUUCAGGAAUCGUUUGGUGGUCGUGUGCGGAUUAUGGUGACUGGAGCUGCUCCCAUCUCUCCAACUGUGCUCAACUUUCUGAGAGCAGCCCUCGGGUGUCAGAUCUUUGAAGGUUACGGUCAGACUGAGUGUGCUGCAGCCUGCAGCUUUACCAUGCCAGGUGACGCCACUUCAGGACAUGUGGGAGCGCCGCUGCCCUGCAACUUUGUUAAGCUGGUAGAUGUUGAAGAAAUGAAUUAUUUUGCCUCAAAUGGCGAAGGAGAAGUUUGCAUAAAGGGCAGAAAUGUGUUUAAGGGAUAUUUGAAGGACCCAGAGAAGACUGCAGAGGCUUUGGAUGAGGACGGCUGGCUUCACACUGGAGAUAUUGGGAAAUGGCUGCCGAGCGGAGUUUUGAAAGUUAUUGACCGUAAAAAGAACAUCUUCAAACUGGCUCAAGGAGAGUACAUUGCACCAGAGAAAAUAGAAAACGUGUAUGUGCGCAGUGGACCAGUCGCCCAAGUGUUUGUGCACGGAGACAGUCUGCAGUCUUGCCUGGUUGCUGUCGUUGUCCCAGAUGCUGAGAUUCUUCCAGGCUUUGCAGAAAAUUUGGGGGUGAAGGGAGACUUGGAAAAUAUGUGCAAAAAUAAGGAAAUCAAAAAGGCAAUUCUUUCUGACAUGACUACAUUGGGGAGAGAAGCUGGCCUGAAAUCAUUUGAGCAGGUGAAAGACUUGCACCUUCACCCGGAGAUGUUCACGAUAGAGAAUGGACUCCUGACCCCAACGCUGAAGGCCAAGCGGGCAGAGCUCAAAACCCUGUUCCAGUCCCACAUCACUCAGAUGUAUGCCUCCCUGCAAUAA